AUGAAGAGUUGUGACAUUUCACUGCAAUUAAACAUUUUCCCCUCCCUUUCUCUGCUUGGUUUACAGGACCUGGCUUUCUCCUCAGUAAUUCAUGACAAACUUCAAGUUCCCAAUACUAUUCGGAAGGCGUGGAAUGAGAGGGACAAUAGAUGCGAUGUUUGUGCUACCCACCUGAACCAGCUGAAGCAGGAAGCCAUUCAGAUGGUGCUGACACUUGAGCAGACUGCCAACACUGAACCCUAUGAUGCCUCUCCAGGCUCUCCUCCACCCAUCUCCAAUAUUCCCACCGUAGUGGGUUCCCGACACAUGGGCAGCCUGCAGCCCAGAGAUUGGGCAUAUGUGCCUACUCCCUAUGCUACAUCUAAUUACACAAGCUUUGUUGCCAAUAAGCACAGUGGGAAACCCAAUAGCCUUGGAAUCAUCAAUGGGGUAGAGAAGAAAAAUGGUUCCCCUGGACACCAAGCCAAGGUCAGCCUGCAAAUGGCCACCAGCCCCAGCAAUGGCAACAUCCUGAACUCUGUGGCUAUCCAAGCUCACCAGUACCUUGAUGGCACCUGGUCCUUGUCACGAACAAAUGGGGUCACUUUGUAUCCCUACCAGAUCUCUCAGCUGAUGACAGAGACUGGCCGAGAGGGCCUGACUGAAGCAGCGCUGAACCGCUACAAUGCAGAUAAGCCCUCUCUGUACAGCUUCCCUGCUUCUCAGAGCACCUAUGUUGCCAGUGAAACAUCAACGGGCACCUCAGUGACAGCAUCUUUUUUUGCCAGAGCUGCCCAGAAGUUGAACCUUUCUUCUAAAAAGAAGAAACAUCGGCCAUCUACAUCAUCUGUCCCUGACUCUCCUCUCUUCUCCACCAGCUUCAGCAGUAUCCUGCAGACAUCUCCACCCCCAGCACCACCAUGUUUGCUGAGGGCAGUCAGCAAAGUAAAAGAUACUCCAGGGUUGGGCAAGGUGAAAGUCAUGGUACGUAUUUGUUCCACACUCACCAGAGACACCUCUGAGUCCAGCUCCUUCCUAAAGGUUGAUCCUCGUAAGAAGCAAAUCACUCUGUAUGACCCGUUGUCCUGUGGAGGUCAGAAUGCCUUUCAAAAAAGGGGCAACCAGGUUCCCCCAAAGAUGUUUGCUUUUGAUGCAGUUUUCCCCCAAGAUGCAUCUCAGGCUGAAGUAUGUGCUGGGACUGUAGCUGAGGUGAUCCAGUCAGUGGUGAACGGGGCAGAUGGCUGUGUCUUCUGCUUUGGCCAUGCCAGACUAGGAAAAUCAUACACCAUGAUCGGAAAAGAUGAUUCCAUGCAGAACCUUGGCAUUAUCCCCUGUGCCAUCUCCUGGCUCUUCAAACUGAUUAACGAACGCAAGGAGAAGACGGGAGCCCGCUUCUCGGUCCGGAUUUCUGCUGUGGAAGUAUGGGGAAAAGAAGAAAAUCUGAGGGACUUGCUGUCAGAGGUGGCAACUGGCAGCCUACAGGAUGGUCAGUCCCCAGGGGUUUACCUUUGUGAGGACCCCAUCUGUGGCAUGCAGCUUCAGAACCAGAGCGAGCUUCGUGCUCCCACAGCGGAGAAGGCUGCCUUCUUUCUCGAUGCAGCCAUUGCCUCACGCCGAGGUAGCCAGCGAGACUGUGAUGAGGAGGAUCACAGGAACUCCCACAUGCUCUUCACUCUGCAUAUUUACCAGUAUCGCAUGGAGAAGAGCGGCAAAGGUGGAAUGUCUGGAGGUCGCAGCCGCUUACACCUCAUUGACCUAGGUAGCUGUGUGAAAGCACUGAGCAAAAAUCGGGACGGAAGCUCUGGACUCUGCCUCUCAUUGUCAGCACUGGGCAAUGUCAUCCUGGCUCUUGUCAAUGGCAGCAAGCAUAUCCCAUACAAAGACAGCAAGCUCACCAUGUUGCUCAGGGAGUCCCUGGGGAAUAUGAACUGCCGUACCACUAUGAUAGCUCACAUUUCGGCAGCUGCAGGGAACUAUGCUGAAACACUGUCCACCAUCCAGAUUGCAUCCAGAGUCCUGAGGAUGAAGAAAAAGAAAACUAAGUACACAUCAAGUUCUUCUGGUGGUGAAAGCUCCUGUGAAGAAGGCAGAAUGCGGCGACCCACUCAGUUGAGGCCUUUCCACUCAAGAAAUGUAGUUGACCCAGAUUUUCCUAUCCUCCAUUUAUCAAGUGAUCCCGAUUAUUCUUCAAGCAGUGAACAGUCCUGUGACACUGUGAUCUAUGUUGGUCCUAAUGGCACAGCCCUCUCUGAUAAGGAGCUGACAGAUAAUGAGGGUCCACCAGAUUUUGUCCCCAUAGUUCCUGCUCUGCAGAAAACCAAAAAUGAUGGCAAGUUGGAGGAAGUAAGUGAGACAGACCCUGGCACAUCUGAAAGAGACUGUCUGAAGUGCAACACCUUUGCUGAGCUUCAGGAGAGGCUGGACUGCAUUGAUGGCAGUGAGGAGACCAGCACAUUUCCCUUUGAAGAGCUGCCUGCUCAAUUUAGUGCCGACCAGGUUUCUAAGUGCCCUCUCCCAGGCCAAAUGGCAGAGCUCAGUCACUUAUCUGAAUCAGAUAAGGAAGACGCCAUACCAGACUGUCAGCAAUCAGAUAAGGAAGCGAGAGAAACUAUCAAUGCCACAAUCAGCAAGAUUCAGAGAAAUCCAUCCCCUGUUCCUUCUGGAGCUCUUACUAAUGUUUCAACUCCUCCUUCUCCUAGGAGUGUCACUGGCAGCUCUUCCCAAUUAGCACAGAGCACAAGCCUACAGAGUAGUAGAGAAGGUCUCAACACCUGUGGCUUUGUUGAAGGCAAACCUAGGCCAAUGGGUUCACCACGGCUCGGCAUUGCAAGCCUCUCCAAGACCUCAGAAUACAAGCCACCAACUUCUCCCUCCCAGAGAUGCAAGGUCUACACCCAGAAAGGAGUAUUGCCCAACUCUGCUCCACCACCUGCACCCCUGAACAAAGACUCUGGGAUGGCAUCUAGUGAGUCUUUGUUGCAACCAGAGAUCCGAACGCCUCCAGUGGGAAUGAGCCCUCAGAUCAUGAAAAAGUCAGUGUCCACUAGUAGUGGGGAUUUUGGAGAGACUGUUCUUGAAGAAGAACAGCAACAAAACUUUGCACCAGAGUCAAAGAAAGAGAUUCUGAGCACCACGAUGGUCACGGUACAGCAGCCAUUGGAGCUAAAUGGAGAGGAUGAGCUGGUGUUUACACUUGUUGAAGAACUAACUAUCAGUGGGGUCCUUGACAAUGGACGCCCAACCAGCAUCAUCAGCUUUAACAGUGACUGUUCUGUGCAGGCUUUGGCCUCUGGGUCUAGGCCAGUUAGUAUCAUCAGUAGCAUCAGCGAAGACCUGGAGUGUUACUCUAAUUCAGCUCCUGUUUCUGAGGUCAGCAUAACACAGUUCCUGCCACUUCCAAAAUUGGGACUAGAUGACAAGUGCAGGGAUGAUUGCAGCAGACGAUCAUCCAUUAGCUCGUGGCUGAGUGAAAUGAGCACAGGGAGUGACGGUGAACAAUCGUGCCACAGUUUCAUAGCCCAGGCAUGCUAUGGGCAUGGUGAAGCAAUGGCAGAUCCCCCCAUCUCUGAGUUGUCAAAUGCCAUACCAAAUAGUAGCAUGAUUUGUGUAAAUGACCAGCAGAAUCCAGUGGCCGACAAUUUGCUCAUACUGUCAGAAAUGGGGGAGGAAGCUUUCAAUAAAGUGCCACCUAUUAAAGGCUGCAAAAUAUCAGCUCUGGGGAAAACUACUGUCACAAUUAAAAACACGGCAAACCUUAGUAGCUAUGAAGGCUACAUCCCAAUGAAAACCAACAUUACUGUUUAUCCAUGUAUUGCUGUUAAUUCUUUCAAGGGCCAAGAGACUGCUGAUGGCCUAACAAGUGUAACUCCAACCGCAAAAGUUGCUUAUCCUCAAGAAGGGAAAGAAUCCAGUGAGAGGAAGGAUAUCACAUUUGAAGACCCGUGGCUGAAGAGGGAGGAUGAUGUGAAGAAAGAGAACAGUGGUAGCAGUGAUGAGCCAAGGCCUGAAGUUGGCUUGGGUCCAGCCAAGCCUGAGCACAGUAAGCAGCAGAACUCAGAUGACAGGUUUAGCAGCAGCAGUGGGGAAACCUCUAGCUCUCCAGGAUCUGACAAUCUAAGGAGGAUUGUAGAUGGUUGUGAAAUGGCGCUGCCCAGUUCUGCAACCCAGAGCCCCGUUCAUUCCUCUGACGGCACAAAGAAUGGCAGCCUCCCUCGGGGGCUCCAGAAGAACAGCAAGCAGGACGAACACGAUGGCGCUCUCUCUCACUGUGUUGCUGAGAACAAUGGAGUCAUUUCUCCUGUUCACUCCCAGUCUUCUAAAGCUACCCUGGAAAGGAAAAUCGCUUCCCCCAAGCAUUGCGUUCUCACUCGCCCCAAAGGGACCCCUCCACUGCCCCCUGUUAGAAAAUCAAGCCUGGAUCAGAAGAACAGGGCUAGCCCUCAGCACAGUGCUUGUAGCAGCACCACCAGUAGCCCAUCCAACCAACCAGCCUCUUUUCUAGCCAGCUUCCCUGAUGAGGUGAAUGGCAAACAGAAGGGCUCUAGCAUUGACACCGGCAGCAGCAGCAGUAGCAAGUUAUUUAGUGCCAAACUUGAGCAGCUAGCCAGCAGGACCAAUUCCCUGGGAAGGUCCACGGUGAGCCACUAUGACUGCUUGUCAUUGGAAAGGGCAGAAAGUCUCUCUUCAGUAAGCUCCAAAAUGAGCCCUGGAAAAGACAGCACCAUGCCUAGGGCUGGGCGGAGCCUCAGCCGCAGCGCAGUAUCGUCGCCGACAAACUCGGGCAUUUCCCAGUCUUCAGGCGCUUCACCAAAAGCCAGCCAAUCUAAGAUAUCUGCAGUGAGCAAGCUGCUGUUGGCAAGCCCUAAGGCCCGAAGCCUUUCUGCCUCUGCCACAAAAACGCUAAGCUUUUCUACCAAGUCUCUGCCUCAGUCAGUGGGGCAGAGUUCCAGUUUGCCCCCCAGUGGGAAAAAUAUGUCUUGGUCAACCCAGUCCCUCAGCAGAAACAGAGGCUCUGGGCUUGCUUCAAAACUGCCCCUUAGAGCUGUCAAUGGCCGGAUUUCAGAGCUCCUGCAAGGGAGCGCGAGUGCCAGAGGUUUACAUUUGCGUGGCAACUCGGACACAGAUGAGCGGGGCGGCCUUCACGGAGAUGAGAAACCAGCUGUUCACGUGCUGCCUUCGCCUUACAGCAAAAUCACCCCUCCUCGGAAGCCUCACCGCUGCAGCAGCGGGCAUGGGAGUGACAACAGCAGCGUCUUGAGCGGGGAGCUACCACCAGCGAUGGGCAAAACAGCCCUGUUCUACCACAGCGGGGGAAGCAGUGGUUAUGAGAGCAUGAUGAGAGACAGUGAAGCCACGGGGAGUGCUUCUUCGGCGCAAGACUCGAUGAGCGAGAACAGCAGCUCUGUCAGUGGCAGGUGCCGAAGUCUAAAAAAUGCAAAGAAACGAUCGAACACAGGUUCUCAGAGACGAAGACUCAUCCCGGCUUUAUCACUUGAUACAAGUUCCCCAGCAAGGAAACCUGCCAAUAGCCCUGGGGUCCGUUGGGUGGAUGGCCCACUGCGAAGUGGACAGAGAGGGAUUGGUGAACCCUUUGAAAUCAAAGUCUACGAGAUUGAUGAUGUGGAAAGACUCCAGCGGCGACGAGGAGGGGACAGCAAGGAGGUGAUCUGUUUCAACGCCAAGCUGAAAAUCCUGGAGCAUCGCCAGCAGAGAAUCGCUGAGGUUAAGGCCAAGUAUGAGUGGUUAAUGAGGGAACUGGAGGUGACCAAACAGUACCUGAUGCUGGAUCCUAAUAAAUGGCUCAGUGAAUUUGACCUGGAGCAGGUAUUCGAGUUGGAUUCCCUGGAGUACCUGGAGGCAUUGGAGUGUGUGACUGAGCGUCUGGAAAACCGUGUGAACUUCUGCAAGGCCCACCUCAUGAUGAUCACCUGCUUUGACAUCACUUCCAGGCGCCGAUAAAGAACAAACCUCAAGAGAAUUUCAAACCGCCCCAGUCCCCUUCCCGCUCCUACUGAACAGCGUCCCAAAGACAACAAAAUGAGGAUGAAGGUUGGUGUCAAGUCUCAACUGUGUGCGUGAGAGAAGAGAUUUUCUUUAUUAUACCGAAGAACAAUUAAUAAAAUACACAAUGAAUGCAAAAAACAAAAAAGAAAGAUGUAAGGAUGUCGAAUCUCCUAGCCUGAAAGAGCACUUUGAGGAACCUCUGAGGACACGUUUGUAUAUAAGAACUGCUAGUAGAAAAGACUCUUCCCCUACGUUAGCCGAGGAAGCAGGAGGGGUGGUUAUAGGGCCAUGGCAGAGAGCUUCGUAAAAAAGAAAUUACACAGAAAGACUGUUUAAGUGCCUUGCAAAUCUUUAUUAUCCAAACAUUUAUGUUCAUACUUUCUUGUGUACAGAUGGUGCUAGUCAAUAAAAGAAAAAGGAAAAAACAGAAAAACAAAAAAGCAAAACAAAAAAACAAACACAUUUUGAAAUGUAUUUACAGCUUGUUUUUCUCUUGGUGUUUUCUCCUAUUUCGGAUUUGCUGUUUCUAAGUAACUUGUGUUUGUAGAACUAUUUCCUAACCAGUGCAACAUAUGAAUAAAUGUUAACUGUCUUUUAUUGUUACCAGAGUAAGGCCACUCAAAGAGAAAGUUAACUUUCCUAGAUGGUUCUGAAAUUGUUUCCAGCAGUGAGCAAGGUUAUAUGACCUAUUCUUUGCUCCUAAAAUGCUUUCAUCUGUCCAAGGACACAGUAAUAUUCACAAUCUGCAUAUUUUGUAGUACAAUGGAAGAGGACAAAGAAAACUACUGCGAAUAUCUUUUAUGUUUGAUCUCACCUUACCAUUUGUUCUCCUUUUUGAUGUAUUUUUAGCUUGAUACUAGUGAUGCCAGAGUCAUGCUUAAAGAAAUGCUUUCAUCCCAAGCCUGUAUUUUCAGUUGCUGAUAAUUUUCUAGGAAACUACCUUUUGAGCUGAAUGGAUACAUGCUUAUUGUUCCAAAAAGGUGUGAUUUGUUUUAUAAGGAGGGAACAGAACAUCUAGUAGAGUUUAAUUUGGUCAUUUCUUGAGUGAUCCCACUUACACAUUUUUCACCUAUUUUGUGUGUAUGUGUGUGUAUGCGCGUGCACACGUCUCUCUAAAAUAUUUCAUAGAUGUGGUGACAUCUGACAAGUGUGUGUUCUGCUCAGUUUUAGUUGGUCAAGAAAUAAACAAGAGUUAUAGAUGAGUGGACACAGCGCUUGGACUAUGUGGAGCACGUCAUUCUGUUGAAGUCCAAUUGAAAUCCCCUUAAAGUCAAUGGCAAAACUCUCACUCACAUCAACAGAACUAAUAUUCAGGCCUCAGUGCCCAUCAGAUAUGAUCACCUGGUUAUUCAUGUACCUGGAUAGCUGUAUAGGGAAAGAAAUGUCCUUAUAUAGUUUUCAAUGAACAUGCAAAUAUUUACAUUUCAUUUCAUAGCACUGAGUUUUUUCCAGUGGCUCACGUUGCUUUUGCAGUAAGUAUAAGUACUGCUCCCAGUUUCAGCACCGAAGUCGUUUUGCAGCGUAACUGUCAGCAUGAAAAUGAGAACAGAAUUCAACAUGUUUAUUUCAGUAUGCGUCUACCUACUGUUUUUAAAUUCAAUUCCUGCCCCCCCUGCAAUAUUAAUGCACCAUUAUUGUGCCCUUACCAGCAAUCCCUUAUGGAAAAGUUCUAUAAAAAUGUAGUAAGAUUUAUAGAAAUUACUUUGAAUCAAAUGGGAAAUCACUCUUUUAUAGGUUUGCAUUAUAAUAUCCACUAGAAUUUCACACAGAAUUGUACUGUUUCUACAGACACGAGGACACUAUAGAAUUCUGUAUCGGUGAUGCCAUUUGCCUUUAAAUCCUGUUGGAUCAACGGAAGAAAACCUGUAGGAAAGUGAUUUUUAUUCAAUUCCAUAAUAUUUUUUUCUAUGAGGGAAACUCGCUUGCAUUCUAUAGAGAGCAUAUAAGAGAUAUAUUAUAUCUGAAACACAUACUAAGGUAGAAAAAUACUACUGUAUAACAGACAGUAGAGUAACAUGGGGUAGGUGAGUAAGGCAUGUGUCCUGGGCCCUGUUUAAGGGGAGGGAUACCAGGACUCUGGGAGGGGGGUGGAACAGCCUCUGGGGCUUGCCUCCAAGAUGCACGCUGCUGGCACAGGUGAUGGGCAUAGCCGAGUGCAAGGCAUUCUGAGAAUUGUGGUUUUGCAGAGAGCACAUCCUUGUAAUUCGAGUGCAGUUUGCUGCAGCUGCUGGGGGUGGGGUAGACAUGACCCCCAUUUUUUUUGCCAAUGAAUUCAGCAUUUCUUUUGCCCUCUGGACAUGGGCUUUUGCAACAAAAAAUGGGGUGAAAUCCCCACCCCCCACCCAGCAACAGCAAACCCUGCUGCCACUGUAGGGAACUACAGUUCCCAGAAUGCCAUGCACUGUUUACUGCUGUUCCUAAAUUUGCAAGUGAGAAGCUAGGCUGAGAGGAGGCAGGGGAGGGGUUGGAGACAGCUGCCCAUGGUGUAUUUUUUUUCCAUGUUAUACCUCUAUGGGCAGACUCCAUAUCUGAUGACACGAGGGGUAACAUUCCUUUAGACCUCAUACGUGUAGGUCAUCUAGAUGUUCAUUCUUCAGUGAACUGCACUCCAAGGGACCUCUACCGAGAGGUCCUGCAUGUGAAGGACUUCUACUGAGAGAUCUACUCGAAAUUAGUAGAUCUCUGUGUGACCACAGGAGGUGCCCAAGCAGAGUUUUUUUACAGGAUAAAGGCCAGAGGUUGAAAGCUCUUUGGCACUCAUGUUUCUGACUUUUAGGGAUUGAUUCUGCAUGGAUAUAGAGAGGAUGGAUACAGGAGCAAGCCUUUUGUUUGCAAAAAGCUUUAUAAGACCUUAUGGCACUAGGCAACUACCUAAUAAAAUGAUGGUAACAAAAUCUACAUAUGCAUAUGUUGGCCAAGUUGCAACUAUUCUAGGCUUCACAAACUGGAAAUUCCCAUCUUGUGUGCAUGUGAAAUGCCAGCUAUACCAUUAUGUUAUAGUUCCCUUUAUACAUAUCUCUAGACUUUAUCAGCACUAGAGCAGGGGCCCAGGGAGAUGCACAAUGUGUUCCUGAACCAAAAACAAGUUGCAUGACAUUGGUACGUUAUGUAUGUAUGUGCUAGUACUUAGUAUAGCGAGAUUAUAAAUGACAAGAAAAAUAUUAAAAUCAAGCAAGUACUUGAUGCAGGCAAAAUUAAAUGCUAGCAAAGAGAGAGCGCAAAGAAGAUGUUCUUAUUACCAGAUACUUGACUUAGCUGAACGGAUGGUACUGUUCUUAUGGCCUUGGUCCCAAAAUCUCACCCAUUUUACAGAUCACUUACAUGGUUUUAAUUUUGCUUCUGUAAAUCCUUUUUCUUUAGCUGUUAGCUUGGUAGAAUUGAUUUCAGAGUUAUAGUGCAGUACUUGUUACAUGUACAUGUGCUGUUACAUAUAAUAUUUAGACCCAUUGGUCAUGAUGGCUACCAUUUGAUUGUUAUGUGUUGUGAUAUUACUUUUAAAGAUUACAAGGCAUAACAAAUAAGCCUGCCAUCUAUCUAGCAGUAAUUUUAAAUGAUAUACGAAGUACUGGUCUUGUUAAUCAUUCAGGACUAAAUUUGAUCCCUGAAAUCAACAAAGUAUAUGCCAAGAAUGAAUUUGGUCCAUAGGGGUUUUAUUUGCUGAGCAGAAGCACAGUGCUUACAAAUAUUUUAUUUCUGACAUAAGUGGCACUAAAUAACCAUUAUUAGUUCUAUCAGAAAUCCAUAUUGCGUGCUAAAACAGUUUUUUCUUUGUGCACAUUUUAAUACCUGACAAUAUUUUUGAGAGAAGUUGUAAUACAUACACAGCAAUGACAAUCUGCUAAGAUUUGCCAUCUGAAUCUAUGGAGCUUUUGCCUGAGUGAGUACGGCUUUUAUUUUGGAAUUUAUUAGCCUCCGUUAUAUAUUUCAAGCAUCAUUGUAAAUACAAAAUGGAACAUUUGGAAAUGUCUCUGACCUUACUGAGCUGCCUUCACUCUUGGUGGGCCAUGUUUUAAGGAAAACCUAUUAAAAAAAAAAACACCUUUCAAGUCCAACACGUUCAGCAGGUGGCAAUAUGGAUGCUAGUCUUACGCUGCAUUUCAAAGCCCACGAAAUGCUUAUCCAAAUAUGUAAACACAACUUGAUGGAAUGCUUAAUUAUUUGCAGAUUCAAAAAUUGCAAGUUCUCUAUGGUCAGGCUUCUAGCAAAAGAUUAAAAGAGACAUCAGUGUAUUGGCUUGCAUUUUGGGUCUAAUUCUGACAUCAUUUAUGCUCGUGUAACUUCAGUAUUUAUAUUGAGGUGUGUAAGCGCCGAACUUAUUUGUCAAAAAUGAAUUCAAAUCAAACCCAGAGCUGAGAACCUGUGGCGCUGGGCAGAGCUUGGAGCCGAGCUGAAUCGAGCAGUGUUGGGCAACACUUCAAGAUUGGUUCCUACUGCAGGAGAACUCUGGGAAAGUUUUUGUAUCCAGUGCUUCAGCUACUGAAAAGCACAGCCAUGGUUAUGGAAACCCGUAGCUCCUUGUGGAUUUUCUCAUACCCAUCUCUUUCUUUUGUCAGCAUGUUUAAGCCUGUUACUAACCUUGGAGUUAUUUCGGACCAAUGCUAUUACUUGUAAGCAACCAAAGGGAUUACUUGGACAAAAUGCAAGCAAAAAAGUGAUGUUAGUAUGCUCCCUCCCUGAAGCAGCAUUUGCCAGUUAUACUGAGCCUAAUUUUUCCCUCACCAACUCUACUGAAGUCUGUGAAGUUAGAGCUAUAUUAAACAAAACUGUAGGGGAAAAAAGAAUCAGUCACCUUGUAAUUUGAGUGCUUGCUAAGCUGUACUAGUGUUCUCCUUUUCUCUCCUCGUGCUGUGGCUUGUUUCUGCCAGGACUGUAUACGCAGAAUUACUCUAAAAAUAUGGCAGUACUGGACCCAUAAACCUGGAACCCUCUGCCCAUCACAUAAUGCAAUUUCUCUAAUUGGCAUGCUGUAGAAA